UUCAUAGUGUGCUUAAGUUUUGAUCUGUUUGUUUGUUGAUAUUAUGUCGUGGCGUUAUGAAAUGGUCAGUGUUUUUACAGCAGCAUGUGAGCAAGGUCUCCAUCUGUUAUUCAUGUCUUUGACCCACCAGGUGGUCCAAUGAAGUUGUAGCAUUAGUAAAAACUACAAGAUGGCUUACUCACUGAUACACUGUCAUCUGGUGUGCGCAAACAAGAAGAAUGUGUCUUUUAAAAAUACCUGAAGGAUGAUGACAUUAGGUGGGGGGCGGAGCUGUGGUGUUCAUGAACUCAUCUGCGCUAGAAGAGUAUCUCCUGAACUGCUAGGUGUCCUGUCCUCCAUUGCUGUCUUCAUGGCCGUGAUCGCUCUGUUUUUUCUUUACCUCAGCAGCAAGCUGUCAGUAGAGAGCCCAAGCAGCGAUCUGCCACGUUUUGAAGGUUUUACCAAAGGUUUGCAAGACGGGGAUUGUCCAGAGAAAGGAUCGGAUGAAAGUGAGGACGAAAUACCAAAAAGACACAAGGACUUGUCCUCUCAUCAGCAGGGAAGUGGGUGGAGAAACAGGGAUGCUGAGAAUGAGGAUUGCAGCAGUGAGGCCUCAGCUGAGCAGGUCAAGAGGAAAAAAGGUUCAAGUUCCCUGAAUGAACUUCAGCCUCCACCAUACCGGGACAAAGACGAUCUCAAGGGUGGCUCAAGGGCUCGCAGUGACUCAGCAGAGGGCAGUGGAAGUGAGGUCAGCGAGGGCAGUGAAGACCCUGAGGACACAGAGAGUUACCUGAAUAAGGGCUAUGAGGAGGACGCACCCAGUGACAGCACAGCUGUUUUGGGCCCGGAGGACAGUUUACUCCCACCCCUUCCAGAAACAUAUGAACCCGAAGCACUGGGGAAAUAUGGCACACUUGAUGUGGCAUUUGAAUACGACCCCAGCGAACAACGGCUUGCGGUAACAGUGACCGCUGCCACAGAUAUUCCAACCCUUAAGAGCACAGGGAACAUUUCCUGGCAGGUCCACCUGGUUCUGCUGCCCACCAAGAAGCAGAGGGCCAAGACAGGAGUGCAGAAGGGACCCUGUCCCGUCUUCACAGAGACAUUUCGGUUCUCAUGUGUGGAGAAGGAGGCCUUGGGGGACUAUGCAGUCCGGUUUCGUCUCUACAGUGUGCGGCGCAUGAAGAAGGAGAAGGUCUUAGGGGAGAAGGUGUUCUACUUAACUAAACUCAAUCUGCAGGGCAAGCUUGCGCUGCCUGUUACGCUAGAGCCUGGAACAUCUGUUCCUGGUUGUGGAUCAGUGGUGAGUGUCUCUCGUAGUGCUGGAGCUCUGUCAUACCGCUCCACUGGCGAAUCCUCCACUCCAGAGCUUCUGCUGGGUCUCCUCUACAACUCCACCACAGGAAGACUGUCCGCCGAGGUUAUUAAAGGCACCCAUUUUAAAAACUCUGCCACCGAUAAACUUCCCAACACUUAUGUGAAGCUCACAAUGCUGGACUCCAAAGGGAAAGAGAUGUCCAAAUGUAAGACCUCCGUCUGCCGCGGCCAGCCCAACCCAACAUACAAAGAGACAUUUGUCUUCCAGGUGGCGCUAUUCCAGCUGUCCGAGGUCACUCUGCAGGUGUCGGUGUACAGUCGGCAGAGCAGCAUGAAGAGGAGAGAGCGGGUCGGUUGGGUCGCUCUGGGCCUUAACAGCACCACAGAGGAACAAGAGGAGCACUGGACCCAGAUGAAAGAGUCAGAGGGACAGCAGAUCUGCCAGUGGCACACGCUUCUCAAUUCAUAGGGGUGCGCUGAAACAAUGGAAUGUGGUUUGUGGCCAUCUGAGGGUUUAGUAGGGCAUAUUAAGGGAUUUGUUCACCCUAAAUUGAAAGUUCUGUCCUAAUUUACUCCUUCAUGUUGCUCCAAAUCUAUAUAACUUCCUUUCUUCAUGAAACAUCAUGUAUUAUACGGCUUCAAAAGACUAGCAGCUUGUCAUUUUUGGAGUUUGACAGCCCUUAUUUACUAUCUUUAUAUUGAAAAGAGUCUUCAGAAUAGUGUAAAGAAUAUCAAGUUUUGUGUUCCAUAGAAGAAAGUCAUUCAUAGGUGGUUUAGAACGGCAUGAGGGUAUGGAAGCCCAUUUCUGCUGCUGAAUAAAAAACUGCGAAUUUUUAUCUCACAAUUCUUUUUUUUUUCGCAACUUCGAGUUUACAUUUCACAAUUCUUACUUUUUUCUCAAAAUUGCUAGAUAAACUUGCAGUUGCGAGUUAUAAAGUUAGAUUUGCAAGAUAUAAAGUUGCAAUUCUGAGAAAUAAAGUCAUGACUUUAUAACUCACAAUAGUGAGUUUAUAAAAUGCAAUGCUGAAAAAAGUCACAAUUUUUUGCAAUUUUAAGUUUAUAUCAUAAUUCUAUGAAAAAAGUUAUAUUUCGAGUUUGUAUCUUGCAAUUGUGAGUUUAUAUGUAAUUUUGACUUUAUUUCUCGCAAUUGUAAGUUUAUAUCACACAUUUCUAAGAAAAAAAAUCACAAUUGUAAGUUUUUAUCACACAAUUCUGAAUUUUUUUUUUGCAAUUUUAAGUUUAUAUCACAAUUCUGUGAAAAAAGUUAUAUUGCGAGUUUAUAUCGCAAUUGUGAGUUUAUAUGUAAUUUUGACUUUAUUUCUCGCAAGUGUAAGUUUAUAUCACACAUUUCUAAGAAAAAAAAUCACAAUUGUGAGUUUUUAAUCACACAAUUCUGAAUUUUUUUCCUGCAAUUUUAAGUUUAUAUCACAAUUCUGUGAAAAAAGUUAUUUUGCGAGUUUGUAUCUCGCAAUUGAGUUUAUAUGCAAUUUUGACUUUAUUUCUCGCAACUGUAAGUUUGUCAUGCAUUUCUGAGAAAAAAAAACACAAUUUUGAGUUUUUAUCACACAAUUCUGAAUUUUUUUUCUUGCAGUUUUAAGUUUCUAUCACAUAAUUCUGUGAAAAAGUUAUAUUGCGAGUUUAUAUCUCGCAACUGAGUUUAUAUGCAAUUUUGACUUUAUUUCUCGCAAUUGUAAGUUUGUAUUACGCAUUUCUGAGAAAAAAAAUCACAAUUGUGAGUUUAUAUCACAAUUCUAACUUUAUAACUCACAAUUGCAAGUUUAUAUCAUGCAUUUCUGAAAAAAUAUUUCUCGCAAUAGUGAGUUUGUCACACAAUUCUGAGAAAAGAAGUGAGAUAAAAAGUCACAAUAUCCUUUUUUUUAUUUAUUUUGUUAUUUUUUACAGUAGCAGAAACAGGCUUCCAUAUGAAGGUGAGUAAAUGAUGACAGAAGAGUGAUUUUUGAGUGAACUAUUCUUAAAGUAGUGAGUGCAAAGCUGCAGUCACGCUUGCAAAACAUCUGCAACAUUUUUUGGGCAAAUUAGGUCCAUUGUUGAUUUUCAACAGUGUAGUGAUGAAGCAUUGCUUACUCAGCAGUCACUUCCAAGACAAGAACAUUUAUAUUGGUAAUUGUGGCAAAUUUGUGUGUUAAAAUUUCAAACUUGACUCUGUGUUAUUCAGUCAAGUGUUAUUCAAGCAAAAUUCACAGAUUGGAUCUAAUUCUACUGAAAUGACUGCACUUCGCCCGCAGAAUUCAUCCUUUAAGGUAAAUGUGGCUGGAUCUUAAUUUGUACUGUAGAGAAAUCCUCCAUGUUGGAGGUACUGUUGACUACCUAGUGAUUGAAACUGUGUUCCUCAGGAGAGCAGUAAUGGACCUGCUGGUUUUUUUUUUGCAGUGUUGGGAUAGGAAGUCUGAAAAAAGACGCCUUAUGACGACAAUAGAACACUGAACUGACCAACUGCCAUUGGCACUGCCAUCUGUACCAAUUGUUUAUUCCCAUCAAAGCAUAACUGCAACUGCACUGUAUUAUUGGCAGUUGCAUAAGCAUUCAAACUACUUGAGGUUUAGCCUUUGUACUUGACUUGCAAAUAUGCAAUUACAAAUAUGCACUGCAUGGUAACAGCUAAAGCAUCAAGAAAAACCUUCAGAAUAAAUAUCGGACCAAAGCGCAAGACCACAAAUAUAAUUCUGUUUCAUGAAGGGAUAUAGGGACUGUAUCACACCAGCAAUGUUGCAAAAUAUUUAACAUGAAAAUGUACAAAAAGUAGGGCUGCUGAAGACUGUCUAAAUGUAUCUACAUUACAAGUAAGUGAUGUCUAAAUGUAACUGAUGCAAAUUUGAGUAACGGAACUCAUGAUUUUGUCAUCUGUUUUCAAAUUGUGUAAGCAAAUGCUGCAUUAUGCAUAUGUUAAUGCUGAUUCAGGUUCAUUUUUAAUCUUUGAACACUACGAAUAUUUAAUAAAAUCUAAAUUUACAAACA